AUGGCCAACGACGACCAGGCCACGGACGAAUCCUCCAUCAAGCCUGUGUCGUCGCUGCGCUCGCGAUUCGAGAACUUGAACACAGACCGCCCUCCGCUCCAAUCCAACGCCUCUUCCAAUGUGCGAAGGUCCCUCGACCUUCCACGGUCGCUGCCAAUCACCGACGUCGUGUCUGACAACACAUCUCAAGGAUUGAAGAAAGCAAAGCCUCCUCCGCCCAAACCGCGACCCGUCUCGACAGCAUACCCUCUGACUCCUCGUCAAUCUCCUCCUUCUGUCAGCGUACAGUCGCCUGCGUCACCGCCCAGAAAGCUUGAUGUUCGUGUCACCAAUGCGACUCCAAAAAAGUCUCCUCCUGCUUCGACCUUGUCUACUCCAGCCUCCGCCAAUGCCUCUCCAGCAGGCUCUAUCCGUCACUUUCGUUCUCCGAGUCGAGUAACAACUCCUGCGCUGGAGGCUCGCAUGUCGGCUUUCUUGCAGGCCUCUCAAUCUUCUGAAACACAACCCGAGACCAGACCUCAGUCAAAUGGCGACCAUAGGCCGAAAAGCCCCAAUUUUGGAGGUCCUCCACCUGUAAAUCGUGCUGGUAAACCAAAGCUCGGUGGUCUUACCUCGGCGAGCGUCGAGAGUCUAGCACCAAUGAUUCCGUCCAAGACUGGGAACAACCAAAUCUCUCCUUUCGGUACGCCUCCAAGCAGUUCAGAAAGUACUCCGCACGCCGAGCAAAAGAUACCUCAAAGAGCCCCAAUUGCGGUGCAAGAUGGGUCUAACGAUGAUGAUAUGCCAGUGUUGCCUCCUCGACCCGAGCGUGAACUGCAUUCUGGACGGACCAGUCCUACCCGCUUCAACAACAAAAUUCCUGCUCGUCAAUCUCUCGAUCUGCCGCGUCGGACGAGCGCAGCUACUGCUAAUACGGACAGUACCAUGAUGCCACCACCGCGCCGUACUCAACCGCCUCCACUUCAGACAUCUGGCUCUGCUCUGACACAGGGUUUUGACAGGAGGCAUUCGCACACACCUGCUGCGACUCCCUCAAAUAGCAAGCCACCACCUGCUGCAACUCCCUCAAAUACCAGGCCACCACCUCCUGCUAUCCCUGCACCGCGACGAUCGGUUGAUACCCGUCGCGAAGAUCUCAGGAACAUUCCAUCCACCCCCAUGUUAACACAACACGCUGACGACUUUGAGGAUCCUCCCGUCAAUUAUCCUGGCGGUAACCCUCAAGACUUUCCGGAUGCAUCGCAAGCAAACAGGCGCCCUCCAAGGUUCAAGACUCGGCCUUGGGAGAUUCACACAGGUUACGAUACACGCACUUUUGCAGUUUGUGGAGAUUUGGUGUGCACGACAGGCUACAUUACGCGUGUAUGGAGUCUGCGCACUGGCGAAUCAUGUUUGACCCUAUCCCAUGGUGAUAAUGUCAAGGUGACUGCACUGGCCUUUGCACCCACAGUAAAUGCGGAGAAUGAAGGGCGGCGACUCUGGCUCGGAACUAACAUUGGUGAAAUUCACGAAGUCGACAUCCCUAGUCAGUCGAUCGUGUACACCAAGACUAACGCCCAUCCUCGACGAGAAAUCAUCAGAAUCUUCCGCCAUGCUUCCGAACUAUGGUCCUUGGAUGAUGAUGGCAAGCUCAAUGUUUGGUCGCCUGGUUCUGCAGGUAUGCCCAGCCUAAACACGGUACCUACGACCUUUAGAGUUCUUCGCGGCCACUCGUGCUCAGUCAUCGUUGGUGGUCACCUUUGGCUUGCUGCAGGCAAAGAGAUAAAAGUGUUUAAACCAAGUGCUCCUACUGAGGCUGCUUUCAACGUCCUGCAAAAACCACUGACAGUGGAGGGUGCGGGUGAUAUAACCGCUGGAGCUGUCAUACCUAGCAAGCCAGAUCUGGUCUACUUUGGUCAUGCUGAUGGCAAGAUUUCUGUUUUCCAACAUCGCGAUUUCAAAUGCGUUGGUGUAUUCAGCAUCAGUCCGUACAAAAUCAGCUCUCUAGCAGGAGCUGGAGAUUAUCUCUGGGCUGGUUAUACUGCUGGGACUAUAUUUGUUUACGACACAUCCACUUCGCCCUGGCGGGUCAUGAAGGAUUGGGUGGCUCAUGACAAUCCAAUCUGUAGCAUUAUUACAGACACGCAGAGUAUCUGGAAGAUGGACAAUCGUCUGCAAGUGGUCAGUCUCGGCCUGGACAAUGCCAUCAGAAUAUGGGAUGGCAUGCUUCGUGAGGACUGGCUUGAGACCAAGAUGCAGCAGAGUGACAAUGAGUUUUGUUCCUUUGAGGAAAUUACUGCAGGAGUGCUCACAUGGAAUGCUGGCGCUUCCAAACCCAAUCAUCUCAAAGGCAGUGAAAAAGACGCAGCCUUCUUCAGGGACUACUUUUCCUCGCAGAAUCCUCCAGACAUCCUUGUUUUCGGCUUCCAAGAACUGGUGGACCUGGAAAACAAAAAAGUCACAGCUAAGAGCUUCUUCAAGAGUAGGAAAAAGGACCCUACAGAACAAGAGCACAUGUCGCAUCAAUACAGAGCCUGGCGAGAUCAUCUUACUAGAUGUAUCGAAGACUUCAUGCCGGCCGAUCAAGGUUACGCCCUCCUACACACGUCGAGCAUGGUCGGUCUAUUCAGUUGCGUGUUUGUCAAAACUUCGCUUCGAGGCCGUAUCAAGCAAGUGCACACCGCAGAAGUCAAGCGUGGUAUGGGCGGUCUGCACGGAAAUAAGGGUGCUUUGAUUAUUCGUAUGAUUCUGGACGACAGUUCAGUUUGUUUGGUGAAUUGCCAUCUUGCUGCAGGCCAGACUCAGACGCUUCACCGUAACAACGAUGUUGCUGCCAUCCUUGAGGCUGAGUGUCUCCCAGUAGCAGCUGUGAAUAACAUGGCUGGUACUUUUGUAGGUGGGGGCGACGGCAGCAUGAUCCUGGACCAUGAGAUUUGCAUUCUCAAUGGAGACCUGAACUAUCGUAUUGAUGCGAUGCCGCGAGACACGGUCGUACGUGCUGUCAAUGACAGAAACUUGGCAAAGCUGCUCGAACGCGACCAACUUCUGCUCUCGCGCAGAAAGAACCCGGCGUUUAGACUACGCGUGUUCCAGGAAUUGCCCAUCACAUUUGCACCCACGUACAAAUACAACGUGGGUACUGACGAGUAUGACACGAGUGAGAAGAAGCGGGCCCCAGCAUGGUGCGACAGGGUACUUUACAGGGGUCUAGGCAGGGUCAAAUGCGAGGACUACCGACGAUGGGAAGUCAGGGUCAGCGAUCAUCGGCCGGUCAGCGCGCGAUUGAAGAUCCGCAUCAAGAAGGUCGAUGAACAACGACGAUUAGCAGCGUGGAGCCGAAGGGAAAAGGAGUUUGCAAAGUACAGUGACCGGAUCGCUGGCGAGGCCAAGCUGGACUACCUGACAAACAUCCUAGGACUACCCCGAAAAGAGGCUCUGAACCUGUUGAAGGGUUAA